CGCUGGCUUUAGAGUGAGCGCUUUGUUUUCUGAACGCACCAGUGUUUUGCUAAAAGCUAAAAAACCUAACCUUCUAAAUGUAUAUAAGCAUAUACGGUAAUAUAAUAAAUGUUAAGUAUAUAUAGUAUAAACUCAAUCCAAACUCAAAUAAUCAAAGUUUAUUAAACAUCGUCUGAUAUUUAAUAAAUUUAGUAAACAUGACAGACUAUAUAUACGAUCAAGAAGAUUCAAUAACACAUUUGAAUACACAAUUAAAUAAGUCAAUGGUUUUAAUGGAGGAUGCUGUAUAUACCCUGCCUGCAAGCUCUCGACGCAGCAAGUCUAUUAAAAUAAGUACAACAACACAACCACCUAGCGUAACCAAUAGUCCUGUGGCUAAAUUACGCAAAAGUAUCUUAAAAAAGCCUGAUGGAUCAUUCAGUGAAAAAUUAAAGGACAACGAAGUUAUGCAGACAAGUUGUAAUAUUGAAAAUAUAAACGAUGUUGUAUCACAAAAAUUGGCAUUGUCAAUACCAGCUUCUGCAAGACCUCGAAAUCUUGAAGAAUUUAUUCAAGAAGGAAUAUUACAUGUGGAAUCUAUAUCUUCUGAAUCAUUUAAUUUGGAUGAUGUAACUGAUAAUGAAGAAAUUUGGAUAAUGGAUAUUCCUAAGUCGAUAGAUCCAAAGGAACUCCAUGGUCAAAAAAUAAACCUAAGUGACAAAUCAAAACUUAAAAUUAAAGAGAAACGAUAUUGCGCAGUUGUCCAUGACAUCACAUAUAAUAUUACAUGUGUCUUUAGAACUGGAAGGGAAGAACCACAAUAUAAGACUGUGAAUAUCAAGCCAGUUGGCUUAUUAACAGUAAGAAGAAAAUUAUCAGGAGCAUUAAGAAUGGAGCCUACACCUUUACAAAAUUGUACCAUGCCAGUGUUUCCUGAUGAGCUGAAAAUAAGACAUCCACUUCUUGGUAUUAAUUAUGAUGGCAAGGUUAGAAAAAAAUCAAAAAAGCAUCACUCAGUUAAAAAGAAGAUAAAAUUGUAAUAUCAUAUAUUUUUAUCAAAGGACCUCAAAUUUUAUUUAACAAAUUUAUCAGAUUUUUAUGAUAUUAUGAUAUAGGUAUAAAGUAUAAUCUGACAAUGAAAAAAUAUCUUAAGCAAAUCUUGAUAAAUAUGCACAUAAAGUCAACCUCAAAAGUCUAUGACCUUGACAUAUGUUAUUAAGAAUGUGUUCCUGAGUGUUAUGCAAAAAGUUGCAGCCGUCGCUUAUUCAUUAAAAAGUUAUUACCAAAAAAAGUUGAGGUAAUUAUGUAUAUUAAGGGAUACCUCGCCGAUGAUCUUCAAUUUCAUAUAUAUUAUUAAGGACAUAGCCCUAAAUAACUUACAAAAGGUUCCAGCUGGCGGUCAUUGUUUAUUGAAAUGUUAUUAACAAAAGAAGUUUCAUUAAUCCAACGUAAUUUUU